UGCGGAUGACAGCCUCCAGGAUGUGCACGCUCUUCGUUCCCUUUACUCUGAGCUUCGCCACACUUUGUUGCUCCUGAGCUCGGCUCACGGCUUGGAGUUGCUGCUCAUGGUGCUGUCGACAUUUUUGGCCACAACAACCAGCCUGUACAUUCGUCUGACAAACAGAGACGACGGCUCGAACCUGGCUCUCGCGUGGUCCGUCCUUGUCGCCAUCAUGCUCCUGGUAGUGCUGCACGCGGGAGAACUAGUGAAAAGAGAGUCGAGGUGUACGACGGAACUUACUCAGCGCAUUCUUAUUCACCAUGAGCUGCCUCCAGUGCUCCGUCAAGAGGUACGCAGCUUCUCUCGACAGCUGCUGCAUCAAGGGCUCCGGGUUUCAGUCUACGGAUUCCUGCAACUGGACUACUCCAUGUUGCAAGGGAUGAUUGGAUCCGUUACCACGUACCUCAUUAUGGUGAUCCAACUGUCCCCAGAGGAGAAUGACAACAGCGAAGACGUCCAUGCUGGCAGCGCUGCGACGAAAACUUGA